AUGAUGCUACUGGCGACUUCCCUCCCUGUGUCGAUAAAUUUGCUGCUAGUAUCAUCCCUACCAAAACGAGCAUGUCCGGAUAAUCCCGAUGAUGGGUCUUCCAGCAGUUCCCCUUCCUGCAAAGAUGAUACAGAUGCAGAUACUGCUGCUGCUGGUCGUGCUUCCCCGGAUAAUGCUGGCGAGAGUACCACUGGCAUUGCUCCUACCUGUGUUGACGAUGAUGACAAGUACAAAAUCCCCUCGUGCCGUUGA